UAGUGCAUGACAUCUAAUAGGUAACUCAUGCAUAUUAAAGCCAAGCUAGAUGGCAAUCUUAAUGCGUGUCCGUUGGUUCUUUUAGGGUAUCUGAAGAACGCCAUACAGCCCUCCUGACAGUUCUGCGUGGACAAUGGCCACUCAAGCCGAUUUAAUGGAGCUGGACAUGGCCAUGGAGCCAGACAGGAAAGCGGCGGUUAGUCACUGGCAGCAGCAGUCUUACCUGGACUCUGGGAUCCACUCCGGUGCUACCACCACGGCUCCUUCUCUGAGCGGUAAAGGCAACCCCGAGGAAGAGGAUGUGGACACCACCCAGGUUCUGUACGAGUGGGAGCAAGGCUUUUCUCAGUCCUUCACUCAGGAACAAGUAGCCGAUAUCGACGGGCAGUACGCAAUGACUCGCGCGCAGAGGGUGCGGGCUGCCAUGUUUCCCGAGACGUUAGACGAGGGCAUGCAGAUCCCCUCCACGCAGUUCGACGCCGCGCACCCCACCAACGUGCAGCGCCUGGCAGAGCCGUCACAGAUGCUGAAGCAUGCCGUAGUGAACUUGAUCAACUACCAGGAUGACGCAGAGCUCGCCACCCGGGCCAUCCCAGAGCUGACAAAACUGCUGAACGACGAAGACCAGGUGGUGGUGAAUAAGGCUGCAGUUAUGGUCCAUCAGCUGUCUAAGAAGGAAGCUUCCAGACACGCCAUCAUGCGUUCUCCUCAGAUGGUGUCUGCGAUCGUGCGCACCAUGCAGAACACAAAUGACGUGGAAACAGCUCGCUGUACCGCUGGCACUUUACACAACCUUUCCCAUCACCGUGAGGGUCUGCUGGCCAUUUUUAAGUCUGGGGGCAUUCCUGCCCUGGUGAAGAUGCUCGGUUCACCAGUGGACUCCGUGCUGUUUUAUGCCAUCACGACUCUCCACAACCUCUUGCUACAUCAAGAAGGAGCUAAAAUGGCAGUGCGCUUAGCUGGAGGGCUGCAGAAGAUGGUUGCCUUGCUCAACAAGACAAAUGUUAAGUUCUUGGCCAUUACGACGGACUGCCUUCAGAUUUUGGCUUACGGCAAUCAGGAAAGCAAGCUGAUUAUUCUGGCGAGUGGUGGACCUCAAGCUUUAGUAAACAUAAUGAGGACCUACACUUACGAGAAGCUCCUGUGGACCACAAGCAGAGUACUGAAGGUGCUGUCUGUCUGCUCCAGUAACAAGCCGGCCAUUGUGGAGGCUGGUGGAAUGCAAGCUUUAGGACUGCAUUUAACAGAUCCAAGUCAGCGUCUCGUUCAGAACUGUCUUUGGACUCUUCGAAAUCUUUCAGAUGCUGCAACUAAACAGGAGGGGAUGGAAGGCCUUCUCGGGACCCUUGUCCAGCUUCUGGGCUCCGAUGACAUCAAUGUGGUCACGUGUGCAGCCGGGAUUCUUUCCAAUCUCACCUGCAAUAACUACAAGAACAAAAUGAUGGUGUGCCAGGUGGGCGGCAUAGAGGCCCUCGUGCGCACAGUCCUCCGCGCCGGCGACAGGGAGGACAUCACGGAACCUGCCAUCUGUGCUCUCCGUCACCUGACCAGCCGGCACCAGGAAGCAGAGAUGGCCCAGAAUGCUGUUCGCCUUCACUAUGGACUCCCAGUUGUGGUCAAACUCCUCCACCCACCGUCGCACUGGCCUCUGAUAAAGGCUACCGUUGGAUUGAUCCGAAAUCUCGCCCUUUGUCCAGCAAACCAUGCACCUCUGCGUGAGCAGGGAGCCAUUCCGCGACUAGUGCAGUUGCUGGUUCGUGCCCAUCAGGACACCCAGCGCCGUACCUCCAUGGGUGGGACACAGCAGCAGUUUGUGGAGGGUGUCCGCAUGGAAGAAAUCGUUGAAGGCUGCACCGGGGCCCUUCACAUCCUCGCUCGGGAUGUCCACAACCGGAUCGUCAUCAGAGGACUGAAUACCAUCCCACUGUUUGUGCAGCUGCUUUAUUCUCCCAUCGAAAAUAUCCAAAGAGUAGCUGCAGGGGUCCUCUGUGAACUUGCUCAGGACAAGGAGGCCGCGGAAGCCAUCGAAGCCGAGGGAGCCACGGCUCCUCUGACAGAGUUGCUUCACUCCAGGAAUGAAGGCGUGGCAACCUAUGCUGCUGCUGUUUUGUUCCGAAUGUCUGAAGACAAGCCGCAGGAUUACAAGAAAAGACUUUCAGUCGAGCUGACCAGCUCUCUCUUCAGAACAGAGCCAAUGGCUUGGAAUGAGCCUGCUGAUCUUGGACUUGACAUCGGUGCCCAGGGAGAGCCCCUUGGAUAUCGCCAGGAUGAUCCUAGUUACCGCUCCUUCCACUCUGGUGGAUACGGUCAAGAUGCCUUGGGUAUGGACCCCAUGAUGGAGCACGAGAUGGGUGGCCACCACCCCGGAGCUGACUACCCAGUGGAUGGGCUGCCAGAUCUCGGCCAUGCCCAGGACCUCAUGGACGGGCUGCCUCCAGGCGACAGCAAUCAGCUGGCCUGGUUUGAUACUGACCUGUAAAUAGGCCUUUAGGUAAGAAGCUAAACAAGCCAGUUUGGGUGAAAUACUUUUACUCUGCCUACAGAACUUCAGAAAGACUUGGUAGGGUGGGAGUGAUUUAGGUCUCUUUGUAAAUCUCACACACACACACACAACACACACACACACACACUUUGAAAGAAACUUCUUGGAACAUUUGACUCUUCUUAGAUUCCCGGUUGUUCAAGUGGUCAUGUGUGGAAGUUACUGACUUUAAUGUUUUUUGCCACAGCUUUUGCAGCUAAGUACUCAAAGGAGUAACGUUUGCUGUUCAAAACAUUAAUAGCAGCCUUUCUCUCUUUAUACAGCUAUAUUGUCUGAACUUGCAUUGUGAUUGGCCUGUAGAGUUGCUGAGAGGGCUCGAGGGGUGGGCUGGUAUCUCAGAAAGUGCCUGACACACUAACCAAGCUGAGUUUCCUAUGGGAACAAUUGAAGUAAACUUUUUGUUCUGGUCCUUUUUGGUCGAGGAGUAACAAUACAAAUGGAUUUGGGGAGUGACACAAGAAGUGAAGAAUGCACAAGAAUGGAUCACAGGAUGGAAUUUAUCAAACUCUAGCCUUGCUUGUUAAUUUUUUUUUUUUUUAAUAUCUGUAAUGGUACUGACUUUGCUUGCUUUGAAGUAGCUCUUUGAUUUUUUUUUUUUUUUGCAGUAACUUAGUUUUUUAAGUCUCUAGUAGUGUUAAGUUAUAGUGAAAACUGCUACAGCAAUUUCUAAUUUUUAAGAAUUGAGUAAUGGUGUAGAACACUAAUUCAUAAUCACUCUAAUUGUAAUCUGAAUAAAGUGUAACAUUGUGUAGCCUUUUUGUAUAAACUAGACAAAAUAGAAUGGUCCAAUUAGUUUCCUUUUUAAUAUGCUUAAAAUAAGCAGGUGAACCUAUUUCAUGUUUUUGAUCAAAAACUUUUAUUUGGGAUAUGUAUGGGUAGGGUAAAUCAUUAAGAGGUAUUAUUUGGAACCUUGUUUUGAACAGUUUACCAGUUGCCUUUUAUCCCAAAGUUGUUGUAACCUGCUGUGAUAAGAUGCUUCAAGAGAAAAUGCAGUUAUAAAAAUGAUUCAGAAUUAAACUUUUAAUUCAUUCA